GCGGUGUGUCUACGUCUGUGCUCUCAGUGAAUGGUGAAACUCCUCAGAGUAACUAGCCUGCAGCCUCAGCCACAGAAACUCGGGUUUAUUGCAACUUUAACGCCACUUAAGAGUGUGUCUGAGCGAUUACGGCGUUGUUAGCUUGCCAAAUUAGUCGAGAGUGAUUCAUAUACAGCGGCGGUCGGAACUUGAAAUAUGACGAUAAGCAAAAUGGGAGGAAAGUCGUUGCUAGCUUGCUGAAGUUGGAGGUUCUCCUUGUGGAAGAGGAAGAGGUGGCGGCGGACACCACGAGUUCACUCACAAUAAAAGGAGUGAGCCCAGCCUUCCAACAUAGCUCCUCCCCUCUCACUGGGCUAAGAUGAGUAUUACCAGUGACGAAGUGAACUUUUUGGUCUACAGAUACCUCCAAGAGUCAGGUUUCUCACAUUCAGCAUUCACCUUUGGCAUCGAGAGCCACAUCAGCCAGUCCAACAUCAAUGGAACACUAGUGCCCCCUGCAGCCCUCAUCUCCAUCCUGCAGAAAGGGCUUCAGUAUGUGGAGGCAGAAAUCAGCAUCAAUGAGGAUGGUACGGUGUUUGAUGGUCGGCCGAUCGAGUCGCUGUCGCUCAUCGACGCAGUGAUGCCGGACGCGGUGCAGACGCGGCAGCAGGCCUUCCGCGACAAGUUAGCCCAGCAGCAGGCCACCUGUCCCAUCGCUGCCUCCACCUCUGGAAACCAGAACAACGCACCAAAGAAUGGAGAAGCCACCUUCAACGGGGAGGAGAACGGCACACACAACAUGAAUAACCACAGUGAGGCAAUGGAGAUGGAUGUAAAUGUGGAGAUACCAGCCAGCAACGCCACAGUGCUGCGAGGCCACGAGUCUGAAGUGUUCAUCUGCGCCUGGAACCCUGUCAGCGAUCUGCUGGCCUCGGGCUCGGGGGAUUCCACCGCCAGGAUCUGGAACCUGAACGAGAACAAUAACUCCAACUCCACUCAGCUGGUGCUGCGCCACUGCAUCCGAGAAGGUGGCCAGGACGUCCCCAGCAACAAAGACGUCACCUCACUGGACUGGAAUAGCGACGGAACACUCCUGGCUACGGGCUCCUAUGACGGAUUCGCCAGGAUCUGGACAAAGGAUGGAAAUCUGGCAAGCACCUUGGGACAGCACAAAGGGCCAAUAUUUGCACUCAAGUGGAACAAGAAGGGGAACUCGAUUCUCAGCGCGGGUGUAGAUAAGACGACAAUCAUUUGGGACGCACACACAGGAGAGGCCAAGCAGCAGUUCCCUUUUCACUCCGCCCCCGCCCUGGAUGUGGACUGGCAGAACAACACCACCUUCGCCUCCUGCAGCACAGACAUGUGCAUCCACGUCUGUCGCCUCGGCAGUGACCGGCCCCUUAAGACCUUCCAGGGCCACACGAAUGAAGUAAACGCCAUUAAGUGGGACCCAUCAGGUAUGCUGCUGGCCUCCUGCUCAGACGACAUGACCUUAAAGAUUUGGAGUAUGAAGCAGGAUUCCUGCGUCCACGACCUCCAGGCUCACAGUAAGGAGAUCUACACCAUCAAGUGGAGCCCCACGGGCCCCGGCACGAGCAACCCCAACUCCAACAUCAUGCUCGCCAGUGCCUCUUUCGACUCGACGGUGCGACUGUGGGAUGUCGAGCGAGGCGUUUGUAUUCACACGCUGACCAAGCACCAGGAACCCGUGUACAGUGUCGCCUUCAGCCCCGACGGCAUGCACCUGGCCAGCGGCUCCUUUGAUAAGUGUGUCCACAUUUGGAACACCAUGACUGGCGCCUUGGUGCACAGCUACAGGGGAACUGGUGGGAUAUUCGAGGUGUGUUGGAACAGCACUGGGGACAAAGUCGGUGCCAGCGCAUCAGAUGGCUCGGUAUGUGUUCUUGAUCUCCGAAAAUAGCCGUCUUGAGACUCUGUUGAUGAAUCCUGGAAUGUGCAGCGAAUUGCCUCCCUCUGACAUCAGCAAACACUCCGUCUUUGCUCAGUUAGAGCUGUGAGGUGGAGUGAAGCCCCUCAUAGGAGUAAAACCAUAUGACUGCAGAAGCCUCUGAGGAGCCAACACCUACUGGCUUCAGCGCACCUUAAAGUUUGUUGAUGUGUGUUUUAUGAUAUGCCUAUUGGAAACAUAAUGGAAGCAGGUAAAGAGAUCCCGAAGACAGGAUGGGUUCCAACUCCCUGGGUGCAUCCGUGUUUUAACAGGUUUCUAAUGAGAAAGUGCUGCCAUCCCUCCGGGCCUCUGGUCCAGCUGUUAUCGGGGUGUAAGGGUGGAAACGCAAAGAUGAGUUUUAUAUAAAGAGAAAAAGUGUUAAUGCGACAUGUGUUUGGCAACAAAUUAGGAAAGAAAGGUUGGGGUUUGAGAGUUCCUCUGAGCAAAUGUUACCUCAUGUCCAAACAAGCGAACUGCGGACGUGAUCAAAGCAACGUCAAACUGAGGCGCUGGUGUUGUCCGAAUGACAGAGUGCUUUACUUCUUCUCAGUGGAGAAUAGAUUGUUUCAAGAGUACUUCUUGCUGUCAGCCCACAGAUGGACUUUUGAAAGUCAGAACUGAAUGUGCCGCUACAAGGUAGUUCUUAGCUCACAUUUAACAUCGGGUCAACAAAAGGAAAACCUGCCGAGACAAUGUCCUAACCUCCUACAGUGACCGGAGAUUAGAAAAAGUCAUUUAGUGGACAAGAUGUGAAAAGUGUGGUUUACAAAGAGAAUUUUCUCCCUUUUUGGAUGUAAAUUAAAGAAUGUAAAGAUAUGUAAAUUAGAUUAAUACACAGACUUAUAUACUGUGUAUAUAUGUUUAUAUACAGUACACUUUAUUGCCAUCCUGUAGGGGUUCAGUAAUGGCUAGAGCUGUCACACCUUUGCUGAUAAUGCUUGGCGACCUCUUUUUAAAUCAAGUGCAUGUGUCAUCAGCUUCUUUUUAAUACAGUUUUUUUUCCACUGGGCCAAUCAUAUCCAAUGCAUCAUGUUGUUUUGUUUUUCGGUGAGUCACAAUGGCAUUGACACAGAGGUGUUAAGCAGCUUUGCUUCCCACUAUUGAUCCCUGAAAGCCACCAUUACCGGCAUUCAGGCAAUUAUCUGCUCAACAAUAUGAGAGAAGAGUAAUCACAGUCUCCUGCUGGGUUUCUGAUAUGACUUUAAAUUAUAUGUGGAACAGGACAUCACAGGAACAAGAGUAUAAUGCAGACCUAAGGAGGGAACGAGUACAGCUACAUUUAGCAUUACCAUGGUUUCUCUUUGGCACUUUCCUCUGAACAAUCUACUGUAAAUUCAGAGCACACUUUGACCAGAAGGUGGAGGUCAAUCAAAAGUCCUGCUGUCGUUAAGAAACAAAAUGCUUAUGUUAAGUCUCGCCAAAUACGGCUGGCGGAUCAGAUUUGAAGUGCUCGUGUUGUGGGCUGAGCUUCACCAAUGUGCAGGUAGUGAGGCGUCUUCUGCUAACAAGGAUCUCGUGGAAAAGAACAGUACCUUCAAACCAACCUGCCACCACUUUGAUUUGCCUUUUUCUGGACCCUUUCCCUUUCAGUCAAUGUCUGCUAGAGCAAUGUCAAGUGCACUUUUCUGAUGGUGAAUACUGUAAAUGUUCAGAUUUAGCUGAAAGUUGAAGGGCCAAUGUUUUAUUUUCCUCUUUUUUUUUUAAAUGUCACAAUUGGAUGAUAAUGGGUGGUUCAUUGUUUUCUGUACUUUUUCAUUUGCUGAGAGCCAUUAUUGUCUGUGUCAGACUGAGAAUCGGGCUGUGGGAUCGUGGCCAUUGUUGGCAUGCUAAGGAGCCCGGUUUGGAAUAUGUGCUGUGACGGCUACUAUCUCUCACACCCUGGUCCAGGGUGCAGUCACCCGUUUCAAAGACAAAACGUUGAAUUGAUUCAGUGUCUCAAAUAAAUCACUCUAUUUUGAUAUCAGAAA